AUGUUUAUAAUUACAAAUAUUAGAUAUUUGAUUUGCUUUCCAAAAAAUGGGUAAUUUUUUAAGUUGAACAAAAGCAUCUAGUCACUCGAAUUUGAUUCUGAUUCUAAUCUGAAAUCAAUUAUUAUUCGGUUCAAAAAAUUAGACAUCUUCUUUAAGGAAUUAAUGAAUCUAUACUGCCCAUACUAUUUACUUUCUAAAAUACUAAAUAAUUUAAGAUAAGAGCAUAAAUUUUCAAAUUAAAAGCAAUAGCUAUUUGAAUUACACAGUAAGGUUUUUAAAGAAUAAAGUUGUUAAGUAAUACUCAAUCAAGAAUCCCUUAUGAACUGA